AUGAUUGAAUAGUAUAGCAGCAUAGAGUCUGGAGAUGGUUUCAUAUAUUAAAUAUUUAAGAGCUUGUGGAAAGUUGAUUCUGUUUUAAAGAAAAUUCUCCUUGUUAACAUUCCAGAUACAAUCAUGUUCUAAAAUGGUGGGAUAUAUUCUUGGUAUUUCUCUAUGGAUAGCUAAGUUUAUUUUAAGAAAAAAUAAAAUCUUGAAAAGGAGUAAAUUUUAAAUAAAUUUAGCACCAAUAUUCCUCCUUGCGGGAUUGUGGCCGUCUGGAUUUAUAAGCAAGAGAUAUAAAAUGUUAGAUAAAAAGGAGAAUAGCAAUAUAGUUAUCAAUAAAAUUCAUCAACUAGAUAUAAAUAUAGCAGUUAAGAAGACUUUUCUCCAAAAAAAUCUUUCUCUGAUAUGAGUUCAAAGGAAAUCAAUUCAAGUACUACGAGCAAGCUAAUAUAUCAAUACAUGAAUUUAGAAUAGCUCAAUGAAUUUCUCAUAAAAGCCAGACCAGGAGAAAUGAUUGAUGGAAUUCUCUAAAAGUUCAUUUAAUCAAAAGGAGACAAUAACUCUGUAAUUCAAGUAACUUGGAAUAGAGAGUUUUAUUUGUCGCAGAAAAUAUCCAACCCAAACUAAAUUAACGACACUAAUCUCGAUAUAUAUUAACGUGUCAUCACUUUUGAAUCUGAUAACUAGUCAUUAACAACUGAUUUAAAAGGACAUGCGAUCAACUCAUAUUUCUAAACAAAGAUAGAAGAAAUUGUUAAGCAUGUUGAAAACACUUAUGAAAAACCCAUAACUAUUUCUCUUUUCAAGGGUAUUUUUAAAAUUGAUCCAAAGGGCAAGAUAUGGUUUCUUUAAUGCAAAACUUUAUCAGUUUGCCAAAAGAUGAAUUAAGAAUACAAAACUUUAAAAGAAACAUCUAAGAGUUUGCCAUUCAUUGAAACAGAUAUUCCAAGCUACAUAAGUAAGGUGAAAAGUGCUAUAGGAAAAGGUAUUGAUUUACAGUCAAAGGAAAUAUGCAAAAAAUGUUUGGAAGAAGUAGAAUUGAAUGGAAUGUACAUGGUUGAGUAUGAUCAUAUUAUAAAGAGUUGGUAAUUUGAUCAUGUUGGAGAAAAAGAAAAGAAAAAGGAAUAAAGCGAAUAAAAAUAUUUAGAAGAGAGGGAAAAAUUAGAGAAAAUGUAUAAAUUAUUAGAUAAACUUGAUUUAGAUGUUCCACAAGACUUCCCAAAAAUAACUGAUUAAGAUGAAAAGAGAUUUGAUGUAAAUCCAAACUAUAUUAUACCAAGAGUAAUAAGAAAUUAAGAGCCAGAAUUAUCAGAAGAGUAAUAUCUUUCUUUAGUCAACAAUCCCGGUUUCCGUUCUAGAGCAGCUCUUAUUUGUGAAAACUGUUGUCUCCACAUAAUGAACAGUAUAAACUGGAAAGAAAACCCAUCAAAGCUAAAGAUAAAAGCUCUAAAUGAUAAAAAGUACUUUGGUGUAGGAGAAUUAAAGCCAGAGACUAUUAUAGCAAGAUAUAAUAAAACGAGAAAACAAGUAGAACUUAAAAAAAUUUUUGAGGAAGAAUUAAAUCCUAAUUCAGUUAAUAAGGAGAUCAUGAUGAGAUUUAAAAGAAUGGAUGCUAACUCUAAUCCACCUGAAGAAAGAACAGAUUUUCCUUUAAGGAUGACAGAUAUUUUUAGUAGAACAGGAAUAAAAUAAAACAGAAGACACUAACAGUAUUUAUCUGGAUUAGGUAUUUCUGAAAUAAGCUCUUAUUAAUCUAAAUUAGCUGAUUAAAGGGAGCAAAAGCUAUCGUUUUUAACAAAUCCGCCAUAACUAAAUACGCCUUCAACUGUUUUUGAUGAAUAAGCAAAUUCUAAAAUGAGUCAAGUAAAUACAAGUUAAUUUGCUCAAAAAAAUUCUGUUAGUACCUGCUGUUUGAGCCCUCAUUCUGCAAUUGGUAUUAUACAAGAUCAUGGUGUAUUUAAUGAGUCUAUUAAGAUUUAUGCCAAAACUCUUAGCAAGAAUAGUCUUUAAAAGUUUUUAAUUCCUAUUGACAAUCGUUUUAAAGCUUCAAAGGAAAAAAAUGAAAGUUAGUAAAAGAAGUUUAAAAGCAAGAUAAAUAAUAACAAUUUUAGCACUUAAGAAAACAAUGAAUCAACACUGACAUAAACUUUAAAACCUUUAAAACAUGUUUCGUUACACAAACUCCAAAAUUCAAAUAAAAUUGUCACAAAUUAGACCCAACCAGGAACUCUGUAAAUUUUAACUGACAGAAGCCCUACUUCUGAAUAUUUUGAAUCUAUUUUAACUUCUAGAAGCAAAGAUAAAAAAGAAAAUACCUUCAAAUAAAGCAGUGAUAAGAAAACAAAAUAAUAAAAAAGAUCUUAAAAUAAUUCUUGCAUUGAUGCACUUUCAAAAGUGAGCGAAAACUAAUCUAAAUUACAAGAAAAUAAAUAAAAAGCUGUUGAAAGUCACUCAAAAGAGCACUAUUCCCAACUAAAAAUACAAGAAUCUUAAUAAAAAGUAUUGGAACCUCUAUUAUAAUUACAUGAAUCAGAUAUAGAUGAUAAUGAGAAAUUGUAAAAAUUAAGAUAAAAUUAAAAAUAAAAACCUAAAAAAAAUUUGAAUUCUUUUCAUAACAAUUUCUAAGCAUAUUUAACUUCAAUUGUGUUACCAAAUAGUUCAAAAGGUAAAAAAACAAUUAAUAUUUAACAAAAUCAUUUUAAAUCUCAAAGUGUUUAGAUUCCAAAACUAAAUGAAUGA